GAUCAGUAGCUCGUUGAUUGUUUUGUUUAACAGACGACACUGGAAGCCAACCAACCGAUCGGGAUGAAAAAGUGUCGGGCCUCCUCCAGGAUACUGCUGAUUGGAGCUGGUGUCUCCGGUAUAGCAGCAGCCACCCGGCUCCUCCAGAACAAAUUCGGCAACGUGCAGAUCCUUGAGGCGGAGAAACGAAUCGGAGGGCGGAUAAACACCAUUCCUUUUGGGGAUAAUGUCAUCGACAUGGGUGCCCAGUGGUGUCACGGAGAGCAGCGAAACUGCGUCUACGAGAUGGUAAAAGAUCUCGAUCUUCUGGACUUUACAGGGGACUUUUUCAGCGGUGUGCGAAUGGUGCGGUCCAACAAGGAAGUGAUUCCCCUCGAACUUGGCCAACAGCUGUAUGGAAUCGCAGAUAUGAGUGUGCCAAAAGGUAGCAAUGCAGAAGCGGAAUCUGUGGGCAGCCACCUGGCUGAACAUUACUGGCAGGAGAUCGAGUCGCAGUUGCCUCAAGUAGAUCGUGCAUUAGCCACCGAAGCGUUAGAAUGCUUUUCGAGACAUGAGAGCUCCAUUUUGGCUUCGGAUAACCUGUUCGAGGUGUCCGGUCGCUUACAUUUGGAGUACGAGAAGUGCAGUGGGGAUCAAUUACUUAACUGGCGCGACAAGGGCUAUGCGAGAUUCCUACGGCUUCUGAUGAAAGUCUGCGAGGAUGAGCCCGAGGAGCUGGGGGCACUUGAGGGCUGUGUCCUGCUUGGGAAGAAGGUUGUCAAGAUUGAAUUUAUCGAUCCCGACAAAGUGAGAGUGGUUUGCGAGGAUGGAGACGCUUUUGACGUGGAUCAUGUCAUCUGCACUGUGUCUUUGGGUGUCCUGCAGGAGCAGCAUGAACGGAUGUUUAGCCCGCCCUUGCCGGCCGAGAAGGUGAAUGCCAUCCGAAGUCUUCAGCUGGGAACCGUGGACAAGAUGUUCCUGGAGUAUGAGAAGCAGCCAUUUCCGGAUGACUUUGUCGGUUUCUUCUGCUUGUGGCGGGAGGAGGAUCUAAAGCAGCUUCGCUGCUCGGACUUUGCUUGGCUGGAGGGCAUAUCCGGCAUCCACAAGAUCAAGCAUCAACCGCGCUUGCUGUUAGUCUGGAUUGGCGGUCCGCAUGGUCGCCGCGUUGAGUUACUCUCAGAUAAAAGGGUGCUCGAGGGCUUGCAAUGGCUCUUCUGCACGUUCCUGAGAUUCGAUGUUCCGCCGCCCCAGAACUUCUUCCGUAGCAAAUGGUUCGCGAAUCCGAACUUUCGCGGCAGCUACAGCUAUCGCACCACGCGAGCUGACGAACUGGACACUGGACCCUCGGAUCUGGCGUCCCCGGUUAUGGGAGGAGACGGCUAUCCCAGACUACUUUUUGCCGGUGAAGCUACCAGCCAGAGCCACUUCUCCACAGUUCACGGCGCCACGGAGGCGGGUUUCCGAGAGGCAGAUCGAUUGAUUAAAUACUACGAAUCAUGCAAGACGAAUCGAUAAAGUGCGAUGCAUUCCAAAAUGUUUUUAUAUCAAUGGAAAAUUUGAUUUAAAAUUUAUCGUUAUUAUAAUUAUCACAUUAUACGUAUUCAUACUUCAAAAUUAAAAUAAA